AUGGACGAUGAACACAACCCGGAAGAGGGUUCCGAUCAGAAGAAACACUACUACCAGGCGAUGAGCAACGAAUUUCUCCGCAACAGCAUCCAUGUCUACCUCCUCCCUGCAAUUUCAGGCUCUGUUAUUUCAGACCCAGGCACUCUGGCCACCAUCAAGGACAACGUGAUGGCCAUUCUGGGCUCAGACAGACGCUGCGAACCUCGAGUGGUCAUCCAAUCUCCCGUGGCCCACCCUCAUGGUGGGCUCAUGCAUGAGGCUCCACUCCAGAGACACCGGCAGAUUCUGCUGGAUGACUUGCUCCAUAGCUGGUAUGACAUGGGCCGCCAGAACCGAGCGAUCGAGGCCCUCCAGCUGCUGUGGGGGGCGAACCCUGACCCACGGUGCUACGGUCCGUAUGGAUUGUAUAGAACGAUUAAAAACCACAAUCCUGCAUUUUCGAUACUGUGGGCAAGAGAGGACCGGACCAUUUUCCGAUAUCACCAUCCAGAUAACUUCUACCCUGCACGAUUCGACAAGGCAAACAGGGCGGACGACCCAACCAAGGGUCCCAGCUGGCGCCCAUUUGAAGGCCGCAACGCAACACGCUAUACACAGGCUGUCACGUUGCCAUCCGAUGAAGCUUCAAAUCUUACCUUGUUAUAA